AUGGGCAAUUUGGUCAUCCCUGGUGAGACGGCGCUCUGUGGUCGAGUGUACAAGGAUUGGUUGGCACAGAAUGGACUCAACGACACGAUUCCUGAAGCUGUCAACCUCGUGCCAGUCGGCCUGCGGAAUGUUCGGAAUGUAUGUUUUUUGAACGCAAUCUUGCAAUGUUUGUACUACACCCCAAUGCUGCGGAGAAGCCUUGCGCUUGCUUUCGAAAGUGCCGUGGUGAAGGACGAGUGGCUAGUGGCAUUGCGCCAACUUUUCAAAGAACUUGAUUCAGCACGCUCCUCGAAAGCUUGUGUGGCGGCGACUCAAAUGGCGUCAUUGAUGCAGUCAGCAUCCACCAAUGGCGAGUUUCAACAUGGUGAACAAGCCGAUGCCCAUGAGGCAUUCGUGCUAAUUAUCUCCAAGCUCCUGGAAGGCUGCAUUUCUGCAAAAGGCCUUUCCGUCACGGAGAAAGAGCAACUUGAGCAAAGCAGCUUGAUAGGCCACAUCUUCGGAAUGAUGUUGAAUCAGUCAGUCAAAUGCAAGACUUGCAACGACACAUCCUCAUCCAGCCGUGCAGAGUAUUGCUUCUGCGUUACAUGCAAUUCCUUUCCCGACGGAAUCAUGGGGAGGAAGAACAUCGUCGGUGUGAAGGACCUCCUGUCGAGCUAUACCCAGGAAGAACACAUCAGCGAAUGGAAGUGUGAGAAAUGUUCUCGGACGGGCUGUGUUAGGCAGGCUGGCAUUGCGCGGCCUCCGAACAUAUUGCUGGUCCACAUCAGCCGGGUUCAGCAAGGUCGCGGUCCUCAGCUCACAGUCGACAAGGAUCUCAUCAUACAGUAUGAUGGAACUACGUCCAACACGAAGCGAAAGGUACGCUACCUGCUCUUUGCCAUGAUAGUGUACCGCUCCAUGGGAGUAAAUGGUGGCCACUACUUUGCUUUCGUCAGGGCCGGUCGAGGUCAGCAUGAACAGUGGUACCUCGCAGACGAUGAUGAAAUCAGAUCCGUACCAUUCUCGGACGUGCAGAGGGAGGAGCCCUUUAUGCUCCUCUACGAAGCCCAGAGGCUCAUCCCACCUGUGGAGACAGAUGCCGAAAAGAAGCUUCACGAAGCAGAACUGGUUCAGGCCGCCGCUGCGAAAGUCCAGGUGCAAGCACGCACUGCGCAGUCUGCUGCAUCUACUGGCUUGCUUGUUGAACAAGCGCGGGCUCCUGCCAUCCAUACGCAGGUGGAGGAUGUCACAAGGAGCAGUGGAAGAUAUGAGAUGGAAGAGGUGGGCACCAAAGUGCUUGAGCCAGAUGAUGCGUACACACCUGGCACAGACCUGUCUUCCACAACAGCCGGUUCCGAGGGCAGGUCACGGCUGGACGAGCACGUUUUCGUGAGAGCUCAACCUGUUCGCGAAGAUUUCGACAGGUGGUCUCUGUUCAGCUCGUGCCGAUGCAGCUUGCCGUACACAGAGUACUCUGAAGGCUUUGAAGACGAUCGAAUGCACUGCAUGUAG